AGGCAAGUCUGCGCAGACGCGCCAGCCACAACUGAACAAAGCGCAUCUGUCAAAGCUAACCAUACCGACUUGCUGAUUUACCUUGUAGCUAGGCUAUUCAAGCUCACAUAACUUAUCAUCUCUAAACAGUCGACAGAGGUGCUGGCUUACAUACUGUAGGUCUACAUAUGCUACCGAUAGCAAGCUAGCAAUCUAACGUUAUUUUGGCAGUUGUCAAAGUUUGGGUAAAGCAUCUGAUCAAUACAGGAGGGUUGAUUUUCCUGGGCAAUGGGAUCACUUCUCUUUUUUGCCCUGCUGCUGGUGGGUUGUGGUCCUGGGGCUUUAUCAUAUCAACUCUUUAAACAAGAAUGGUCAAUGCUGAUUUUGACUCACCACUGGCCUCAGACAUUUUGCUAUAUGGAACAUUGUGAGACAGAUGUUGAUUAUUGGUCUUUGCAUGGACUGUGGCCAAAUAAAGGAUUUACUUGCAAUUCAACUUGGCACUUCAAUGCAAGUCUAAUAGAGGACCUGAUGCCGCUGAUGAGAAAAUGGUGGCCGGACCUUCUUAAUCCCACUGACUCUGCAGCCACUGGGUUCUGGAAACAUGAAUGGAUGAAACAUGGAACUUGUGCUGCCCAGGCAGAGACCAUGAACUCAGAACACAAAUACUUCAGCAAGGCCUUGGAACUCUACAGCAGACUCAACCUUGACGGCACACUGAAGAGUCACAACAUUGUGCCAUCAGAAACCUAUUACUCUCUGGACGAAAUUGAACGGGCCAUCAACAGUUCUUAUCACGUGAAACCUAAGAUCCAGUGUGUCCAGCCAGCAACGGGAGAGCAGAUGCAGAUAUUGGGGCAGCUGGAGAUCUGUUUUGACUCAGAGUUUAAUCUGGUGGACUGUCACAGGUCUGGAGGCAGCAUCAGCCUGCCCUCUCAGCCCAAUGGCAGUACUGGGUACAGAGUGUGUGACCCAGCCAUAAAGAUUUACUACCCUCCCAUAAAAAAGAGACACACAAAGCAUCAUAUGGGAGGGUUCUUUAAGGCUGGACUCUGAUCUACAAGCAACUCUUGAUACUGUAAAAUUAAAUGAAAUCAUCCUACUGUACACUUCUGGUGCACAAAAAUGUGAGGUAAAUGGCAGCAGAAUUUGGUUUAUAUGUAUAAUGGGUAUUAUUAUUCUGAGAGUGCCUUUCAGAGUUCUAGCUUGUUGUUUGAUUUAACGGGACCAUCACAUUAAGAUCAUUUUGAUUUCAUUAAAAUCAGUUAACUUUCAUUGAUGUAGUAAAAUACAACCACUGUAAAGAGGCAAUCUAAUCGCAGAUUGGCUAAAUUAUCGGUGGAAGGGGAUAUUCACUUUGGCUAAAGUAUUGUUGGAAGGGGAUAUUCACUUUGGCUAAAGUACUGGUGGAAGGGGAUAUUCACUUUGGCUAAAGUACUGGUGGAAGGGGAUAUUCACUUUGGCUAAAGUGUUUUAUUUGUUUUGCACUCAAACAUGAUUAUAUAAUUUUGUCAUUCUUGCAUUACAUUCUUACAUUAAAUUCAGCAGUUGACCUUUUGGAGUGACUUGGAAAAACCACAGGUUUGUGACAUCACACAUUGCCUGUGCAUAAACCUCAAGAUCAUGGCAUUAAUUUUUCAUUACGAAUGAAUCAGUGUUUUAUAACCUGGGAAGUUUUCAUUCACUUUUAUUUACUACUAUUAUCGAAGGUUUUGGCACUUUAAAACCUUUUUAAUUUACAAAGUAAGAUUAUAUCUAUUGAAGUUGUACGUUUUUUUUGUAUUUGUGUCCUAUUUUGAAUUAAACAUUGUGUUGUAAUUGAA